GGGACGGAUGCAGAACCCGGAUGUUUGAAUGAGCUGCAAAGAGACUCACCAUUGCAUCUUGUUUACCGAUUGGAGAGAUUUCACGAUCAGCUCAACAUGUUUAUGCAUGCAGCUGUGAGCAGAUGAGCUUUAUGUUUAACGGUUUGCUAGUGUCGGGAUGAGACACGUUUAGUGUUUAGCCGCCGGAAGUUUAAUCAUCUGAGCUUCAUUCAGAUCUCUGGGACUGGAACAGAGUCAAAACAAUCAGCAGCAGUGAUCAGGUUUGAAGUGCAGACACCAGGCCAGCAGGAUGGAUUUAAAUGACAGCAGGUCGUUAUCCGAGCUCAUGGGCCGGUAUGAGGGCGCGGAGAGAGGACUCGGUGUGCCCAGGGAUGGGUGGAGGAUCUGCCUGGCUCAUGAGUUUAAGGAGAAAAGAAAACCUUUUCAGGCUAAAGACGUGUCUCUGUCCCACAUCCUGCAGCACAUCGGCUUGGGCUUCAGGUAUUUAAAAUGGUGGUACCAGAGAACACAAGUUGAGAAGAAAGCACCCUUUAUAGACAUAUUCAGUGCUUUGCCUCUCAGGCAGAUUUAUGGUGCCCCCCUGGGUGGCAUUGGCGGAGGAAGCAUUACACGUGGAUGGAAGGGGGAGUUCUGUAGGUGGCAGCUUAACCCAGGAAUGUAUGACUACAAAACAGUCAUUGCUGACCAGUUUACAGUGUGCCUGCGUAGGGAUGGUCAGACAAUCUAUCAGCAAGUGUUGUCCACCGAACGUCCUCACACACUCCAGGAUUGGAACUGGGGUUACUGCGGUGCCUUUGCGUUCUACCAUGCACUCUACCCCCGAGCCUGGACUGUCUACCAGCUGCCUGGCCAGAACGUCACACUCACCUGCAGGCAGGUGUCACCUGUCAUUCCGCACAACUACAAGGACUCAAGUUUUCCAGUUGCUGUGUUUGUGUGGGAUAUAGAGAACAAGAAUGACUAUGCACUGGAUGUCAUAAUAAUGUUUACCAUGGCCAAUGGAUCAGGCCACAAGGAUGAAAAAUGUGGGGGUCAUUGGAAUGAACCAUUCCACUUGGAAAAAGAGGGCGAGUCCGUGUCAGGGGUUUUGCUUCACCACUGCUCACCAGUGAACCCAUACACACUGUGUAUGGCAGCUCGAGAACAGGCCAACAGAAAGAUAACCCACCAGACUGCGUUCAGUCCUAAUGACACUGGAAAGGCCAUCUGGAGUGACCUGAUGAAUGACGGGCAGUUAGACUCACCAACCGGCUCCAGCCCUCCAACUCGGAAAGGAGUGACGGUGGCAGCAGCACUGGCGGCGGGCUGCUCUGUGCCUGCUCAUGGACACAACAGCCUAGAAUUCUGCUUGGCCUGGGACAUGCCAAAAAUUACUUUUGGCUCAAGGGAGAGAGAGCACAUCAGACGUUAUGCACGUUACUAUGGUACCAAAGGAGAUGCAGGCCCAGCUCUUUCACACUACGCCCUUACACACUACAAAGACUGGGAGAAGGACAUUGAGGAAUGGCAGAGACCCAUUCUGGAAGACCGUUCGCUCCCUUCCUGGUAUAAAUCAGGCUUGUUUAAUGAGUUAUACUUUAUUGUGGAUGGGGGGACUGUGUGGGUGGAGCUUCCUGAAGACUGUGAUGUUAGUGGAGGGCUUCGCCCAGAAGAAGGUGGUCUUCCAGCACAACCCCCUGUCAUCAAGGAGUAUGGCCGCUUUGCCUAUUUAGAGGGUCAGGAGUACAGGAUGUACAACACAUAUGAUGUGCAUUUUUACGCCUCCUUUGCACUUAUCAUGCUCUGGCCCAAACUGGCUCUGAGUGUACAGUAUGAUAUUGCUGGUAGUGUGGUACAGUAUGACCCCAAACAAAGGGUGAAUCUCAUGAAUGGGAAGUGCUCACCAGUUAAGACCAGGAAUGUAGUACCUCAUGACAUUGGAGACCCAGAUGACGAGCCUUGGCAACGUGUCAAUGCCUAUCAGAUUCAUGACACGGCAGACUGGAAAGACCUGAACCUGAAGUUUGUCCUACAGGUGUAUCGUGACUACCACCUAACUCAGGACCUGCAAUACCUGACCGACAUGUGGCCCAUCUGCCAGGUGGUUAUGGAGACUGAAAUGAAAUUUGAUAAAGAUGGGGACGGCCUCAUAGAGAACUCUGGCUAUGCCGACCAGACCUAUGAUGGAUGGACUGUAACAGGACCCAGUGCAUAUUGUGGGGGUCUGUGGCUGGCCUCGGUGUGUGUAAUGUGUAAGAUGGCACAACUUCUGAAAAGUGACUCCUUGUAUGAGCGCUACAGAGACAUCUUAAAGCGAGGCAGCGCCGCCUUCGAUAAACUACUGUGGAAUGGCAAGUACUAUAACUAUGACAGCAGCGCGCGAAGCAUGUCCAACAGUGUGAUGUCUGACCAGUGUGCAGGCCAGUGGUUCCUCAGGGCAUCUGGACUAGGAGAUGAUGAAUUUGAGGUUUUCCCGAAGGAGAAGAUCCACAGUGCACUGAGAAGCGUGUUUGAUUUGAACGUGAUGAGAUUUGCAGGAGGGCAGAUGGGGGCUGUGAACGGCAUGAGACCGGAGGGUGUGCCAGAUCGCUCCAGCGUCCAGUCAGAUGAGGUUUGGGUUGGUGUAGUCUAUGGACUGGCAGCUACUAUGAUUCAGGAGGGUCUAUUAGAGGAAGGUCUUCACACUGCUGAAGGUUGCUAUCGGACUGUGUGGGAGCAGACAGGAAUGGCCUUUCAGACUCCUGAGGCAUACUGUGAAAAAGGGAUCUAUCGCUCCUUGGCUUACAUGAGACCUCUCAGCAUCUGGGCCAUACAGCUGGCUCUGGACAAUCGGACAAAUAUGAGCAAGACUAUGAAACCAGACAGUGAGGCAGCUUGUUCAGAGACUGAUUUACAGGAUGAACUGGUUAAAGAGAACUGCCAUUAAUGACUUGUGCAUGAUCUUCUGAACUCCAUGCACACUACUUUUCACACUAGAUUAAAGUGGACGUUUACUUCCUGCAGCUAAGUUUGUGAUUCCAUGUAGCAGCUUAGAGUAUAGUUUUGAGAAUAAUGGUGCUUCCGUUUGGAGCACCAAGUUUUAUAUACAGUCGAUAAACACAAUCUCAGUCCUGGGAUACACUGCUUAAGACUUUAGGUAAAGCAGAGAGAGCUAGAGAGUUCAGGCAUGAGCAUUCUAGUUCAGGCAUUUCUACAGUUAAAAUUAUUUCAUACAAAUAUUUACAUUUAGCAAUUGUAUAUUUUGUUCAUUUUAUUAUCACUACAGUAGUCCAAUCCUGAUGUUAGUGUAAUAAACACACAUCAAGAUUGAGUUGCUAUGUUAUGAUUGAUGUUUCCAAUAGUUUGAUUUACACUGUAUUCUGGAUUGCACAAGUUUAUGCAUACAUUGAGGUGUACGGUGUGAUGUAAUUAGGGGAUAAGCUUUAAAAAAAUGAGUUUUGGACACUCAUUUUGCAUCUCUUGCUUUACACAUCGGUUUAUUUUAAAACCACUCUAGGUAUAUGCUUUGAUCUAUAUAUUCCUGUAAAGAUGUAUUUCCAACCGAGCAUGUAAUGCACAUACUUCAGCAGCUGUGUACUAGUAAAACUGAGAGAAAUUGAAAAAAGUAUCCACCAUGUUGAACAACAUCGUGAAUAUUAAAUGGUCAAUUGCA